AUUUUCUGUGUGGCUUGUCCUAAAUCACACCGCCCUCUCAUCUCCACCACCGCGCCUCCCAUCUCCACCACCGCGCCUCACCGUCGCCGCUUUCUCAUGCCUCCGCCAGUCUGAGUUCACCGUAACCGCCUCCGGAGUCUAAGCUGUUUCGGCCUCCUUCUUCAUCGAUUGUGCAGAAAAACACCUGAGGGGAAAACCAAUUUUUCACUCUUUUCGUUCUCAGAUUCGUUUUCCCUCUCACUUCUCGUCUCUCGCCUCGUCGUUGUUUCAUCCCUCACCUCUCACACUCGUUUUCACUGUUUUGUCACCCUUUUCAUUGAUCUCUCAUACCCAACUAAAUCAUUGCUUUAUCACUCAACACAAAACACAGUUCUCAUCUCUUACGGUGGUUCUCGCAUUUCACAGAUCGAUUGAUAAAUGAAGCAUAUUGUAAAGAUAUUGUCGCUGGUAAUUGCCAUCACUGCUUUAUGGGUUGGCCUUCUACAAACUUCUAUCAUUCCUCAAAGUCAUACUUGGUUGCUACCAAUCUAUUUUGUCGUGUCUUUAGGAUGUUACGGUCUAUUAAUGGUUGGAGUUGGUCUGAUGAAUUUUCCUACUUGUCCUCAAGAAGCCCUGUUAUUGCAAAAGGAUAUUGUUGAGGCCAAGGAAUAUUUGAAGCAAAGGGGAGUUGAUGUUAGUACUAGCUGAUGUGUUCUGUAGAUCUUCCCUGAAGUUUAGGAUUAGCUUCCGGUGAUUAAUUUACCUGAUUGAGAGAGUUUCAAAUGAUUUUUUUGGCAUUCUAACUUAUACAUGAUACAUAAUUCCUUUUAAUUCCUUUUGGCAUUCUAACUUGUUACUCUAAAUAUGAUAUGCCAUAUACAUAUGGGGAAUGCUACAAUACACCCGCCUAUUUUUAUGAAGGUGUGUUGUAGCAUUAUGUACUUUUAUUUUGUACAAAAUUAUCCAAUCUCCCCUCUUGAAAAGCAAUUAAAUGAAUGGGCUUAAUUGUAAUUUA